AUGACGUUCCCGAUGGCUUCUAGAUUCUCGGAGUAUUUCUCGAUUUGUACAACUGGUCCAUCAGAUCUAUACACAGAUCCUUAUCAAACUCCUGAAAACGGGCCCAACAGUAUCACGACCAGACAUUACUCACUUAGUGCUCAUAAAUGUGACAAUAAUUGUUUAUUGCAAAGGCAUUGUAAAAGGUCGAGAUAUCGCCAUGAUGCGUGUUCGGAGAAACCGUCAUACUCUAAAAGACAAUCUCUUGAACCGAGACAAGCAAAUUUAAGAGGAAAAAAUGGUACAAAAUCUCGUCAAACGGACAAUAAAAAUCAGGCACAGUUCCUAAAAAGAGAGAGUCUUAAUUUUCAAUCCCCAGAAAAUAAGGAAAACUUGCCGAUUCCUCUAAAGAAGAAAAUUAUAUCCUCUAUUCCUAGAUUCAGGAAAAAUGUUACUGAAGGACAGUCACCGUCAUUUAUGUCCAGACCACGCAACAUCCAUGAUUGCCUUACCAACGAAGAUUCAGAUGACCCUUCGUUUUCAACAGGCAACUUCAAUCGAAAUUCCCUGAAGAGGAAAUCAAUAAAACCUAAAAAAACCGAAGAAAAAAAUGGACCGUUACUAAAAAGGCCAUUUAAUGUAAGCUACACAGUGCUACCAAAAUUAGAGGAAAAAUCGCCUAAAAAAUUAAACAGAAGUGCCAAUGUUGGAUUUACUUCUACAGAUAAAAUGCUCAAGAAUAUGAGUAAUAUCAUCAAAGAUAUGGCUGGGAUUACUUGGAAAGGACAAAUAUUAAACGACCCAAUAUCAACAAAUGAAAACUUUGAUAACGAAAAAUCACCAAGGGUACUAACAAAAAAUCUAAUACUUGAAAAUGAACUUUCGGUUGACGAAUGCGAACCUCUAAAUACUCUCGAUAAAACCAUAAUUGACAAUAGUGUCAAUCAAAUAAUGGAAGAGUCUGGAAACAAAAACGUAAAAGAAAUUGAAAAUGAAAAUAAAGAUAUAACAAAUAAUAUUCCCACAAAUAAAAAUAAUACACACUUUGCAUCAGAACAAAACGAAGAUGGUUUACGUUCCCAUGAUAUAUUUGCUCUACAAGAUUGCAAUUUGAUACUUUUGGUUAAUGAAGAAUUUAUUGACGAUGAAUAUGAUUCGUAUAUUCAAGAUUUUAAUACAUCCAAAGGCCAUUUGCAAGUGUUACAAAAUAAUGAACUAUAUGAGAUGACUAGAUCUUUGGUACGUGUCUAUCUCCAAACAAAUAAGAUACCAGAAAAUUCUCAAAUAACUCAACUUGGUAAGAGGAGUCCAAAAAAAAUUCAAAAGGUUACUGGGGGCAAAAUUGGAAAAUAUUUAAAUAAACGGAUGAAAAAUAAAAAAACAAAAAAAGAGGAUAAUUGGGAUGAAAUUGAAAAAAUAGUGAAAGCUGCUAUUAAAGACUUGAAAGGAGAAUUCCAAAGGGAAAUCUUCACCAAAACCAAUGAUAAGCUCGACUCAUUGGUAUCAGAGCUCAAAAAUGUAGUUUUCAACGCUAAUGACGAUAUAGAGAGCACUUGCGAAAAAGCAACAGCAAAUUUGAUUUCUCGUUUGGAAAAUAUUGCCCUAAAAUAUUAA